AUAAAUCAGCGAUAGAUUCGUUGUUUGAAACCCGGUUACUCUUUGCAGAAAAAGGACUCAUUCAAUUUAUUAUGUGUUUCAAAAUAAUGGAAGUAUAAUAGGUGAAAGCGGCAUAUCAAUGAGAUUAUAUUCUGUUUGAGAAAUUUGUAUGGUUUGUUAUGUUUUUAGAAAUUCAGAUUUUUUAUUGAAUUGUAGUAAAAAUGAGUUCUAAGUCCAACUCGGAGAAAAAAAGUGAUUCAUCUAAUUCAAAGAAUGACUCAAAUUCAUCAGGAAAUAAAAUCACCACAUAUUUCUCAGUUCUACGACCUGAGGGAAGAGCAAAAAUGUGUGCUACCAAAACUGGAGACUCAAAGCAAAAAGAAAUUUUACAGAAGCUAAAAAGUAAAGAUACUAUGACUCUCAGGACCAAAAGUGAGGAUGACAAAUCUGCUGCUAUUGAAUCGAUUUCAAAAAUUGAUUCUCCUCUUCCAUCAAGUAAAGAGAAACUUCGUGGAAAUAUAUCUGUCAGUUCAGCUCUGAAAACUCCUUUAAGUCAGGUGUUGAGGAAGAGUAUUGAAGCUUCUGAAAGUAAGAAAGAAUUAGAAAAAACUCAAUCAAUUAAAGAGGAGCAGCCUUCUGAAAGUGCUACUUCUUCUAUAGCAGACGAGGAACAGACUGAGAAAAAAGAAGCUGUUUCUGUAGACAAAACUUCAGAAGUUCCUAAAAUAAGCAGGAAAGCAAAGAAAAGUUUUGCUGAUACAGAUUCGGUAAUGGCUUUAAGGCGCUCCCAGAAAUCUCAAGAUCCUUCUCAAACUGUAACUUCUAGUUUGAGGUCUCAUGCCAAACGUAACCAGGAUGGAGCAGGUAAUACUAGUACCACGGUUAAAAGACGAGUUACUGUUUCUGAGCCCAGUGAAGUGUUUUCAGUGAAAAAUUCGUCUAAUAAAAAUUUCAUGCAGUCAUCCAGUUCUAAUCCAGCAGCCGCUUCUCUGUCACCAACUGAAGAGAAGGAACAAAGUUCAUCAAACCAAAGUAGUAUUUCUAGUGGAAAACUGAAGAAAAAUCGCAAAAGACAUUUCCGAGGUGGUACUUAUGGUUUGUUUCUCUCCAAAAAGAAGAAAAAAAGCCUUGCUAAAAAAUCUCAAGAAGAAUCUAAGGAUGAUGAAUGCAGUCUUGCAGGGACAGAAAACAGUAGUUAUUUAGAUUCAGAUGAUGGCAAUAGUUUGAUGAGUGAAGAUCUUUAUACUCCAUCAGAAAAAUCUCUUGCUGAUGAAGAGCCCAAUCCAGAAUCAAGAAAUUCUCCAAUGUUUCCUGCUGCGGAACCAAAGGUUGACGUUUCUACUGGAUCUAACCCAUUGCCUAAUAAUGAACAGGAGCAACCUGAAGUUCAGAAAGAAGCAGAAGUUAUCGAAUCUGUUGAAGACCAAGUAAAUAUUGAUGAUAAUAAAGAUGAUAUGGUCUUAUCUGAAAAUGAAGUUAACCCCUCUGUGUGUCCUACUGCCAUUGAUGAAAUAAGCCAGAAUGCAACAGAUAUGACUGAACAGGUUGAAGAUAUGCAAUGGGAACAGGAUAAAAAAUUCAGCCCUUCAUCUGACAAUAAUUUCCCUUCUGAAGCACUUAAAGCUCCUCAGUAUGAUGAUAUCAGCAAUGAGAGUUUCUCUAAUUCUGCCUCAUUUCCGUUUAAACAAUCUCCUACUGAAAAUAAUGAAGACAAAGUUUGUGAAGAACCUUUAUCUGAAAAGUUGGACGAGAAAAUGGACGAUGAAGCUAAAGAGGAAUUGAUCAGUGAAGAUAGAGAUGCCACUGAAACUACGCAGAUUGCUGAUACUGAAGAGCAGAGCUUUUCAAAUAUAUUUGAAAAUGAAGAAAAUUCAAACUUAGAGCAAGAACAAAUUACUGCUGAAAAAAAUUCCAUUUUGGACUCCAGUGGCCAAGAGCAAGAUAAUGAGAGUAUUGCUGCUUCUAUGCCAACAAGUGGUGAUGAACAUGAUACUGAAAAUCGAAAUUCUGAUGUAGAGUUAAAAGAUAGAGGAGAUGCAGGUGAUUCUUCAUCAACCAUUGCCACAUGUGUGAAAUCUCGUCAAAGAAUCAAAAGACGUUUUACUGAUGAUAUUGUAGAUACUGAUGUCGGGUUACUUUCACUUAAUUCAUCUAUGGCACCACCUCGUAAAGUUCCUCCAAAGCCUGAUCCACCAAAAGAUGUCAUUCAAACUUUUGUGUCUGUGACACAUAGUGAAGCUAAGAAAGGACCAGUGACCAAAAUUGAGUGCAUUUAUAACAGUCAUCAAGACCCUGUUAAGUCUUGUACAUGUGAAGGAGAAACCUAUGAAGCUAACUUAGGAAAUGAAGAAGAGGGUGUAUUUUGCCAGGCUGUAGAUUCUAUUGAUGAUAAGCUCGUUGGCUGCACAAAUCCUGUUGUAACACCAAGACUUGUUCGCUCUUCAGUGAAAAUCCCUUUCACAAUUAUGUGUGAAAUGCAUUUGUGGAGAUUAAAACAUCAUCAUUCGUGUCCAUAUUGUGGUCUGUUUUGUUCACAGGGUCACUUCAUGCAAUGCACUAGUUCAAAAGGCCGACAAAAAGUGAUACACCUGUACCAUGAACAAUGUCAACCAAAAGAAGAAGGUAUCCUGCCAUUUUGUUUGCAUUGUGGUACAAGUUCUGGUAUGAAACGAGUACAAUUAGAAAUGCAUAUGGCAAGCCCACCUGCUUUUUACAUGAGUCAAUUGCCAGCAAGUUUACCCAUCCCACCUGUUGCAAAGGCUAAGAUGUCAUUUUCCCCCAGUGAAUUGUUAACAAAGGAAGAAGAGGAAGAUAUUACUAAUUCUGCCUAUAAAAUUGAAGAUACUGGUAAAGUUUUAUCAUCUGUUGGACUGAGCAGUGGUCCUGAGAAAGAUGAACUUGAAAGAUUACUCCAAGUUUUCAAAGAAGAAAAGAUUGUUCCACAUCGUUAUUCAUCAGAAGAUUUCUAUAUUGCAGCUGCUGAAGGCGAUAUACUCAAAGUUUUAAAUAUAUUAGCCCAAGGUAUUGAUCCCAACCUAAAAUUUGAUAAUCAUGAAAAGGAGACUGCUUUGCAUGCUGCUGCAGCUGCAGGCCACACUUCUAUUGUCCACUUACUCAUUCAGGCUGGAGCUGUAAAUGAUGCCAUAAAUGAAAAGAUUUAUACUCCUUUGAUGUUGGCAGUUGAAAAUAAUCAUAAAGAUGUUGUUUUCUAUUUAAUUAAAAGUGGAGCAUGUGCAGAUUUUAAGGGUGAAAAUGGUAUGUCCAGCUUUCACAUUUCAGCUAAAAAUGGAAGUCUGGAAAUUUUGAAAAUGUUGAUGAGUUCCCGAUUUGUUGAUGUCAAUGCUCAGGAUGAUGGUGGUUGGACUCCUAUUGUUUGGGCUUCUGAACACAAUCACUAUGACGUGGUAAAAUAUUUGCUGAAAAGAGGAGCCAAUCCGAAUAUUAAAGACAAUGAAGGCAAUACAGGUCUACAUUGGUCAGCAUUUGGUGGCAGUGUUGAUAUCUGUUACUUAUAUUUGGAUUUCGGUUGUGACAUAAAUGCUGUCAAUGAGCGAGGGGAUACUCCAUUACAUAUUGCAGCAAGACAGGAUAGUUUGCCAUGUGUUACACUUUUCUUAUCCAGAGGUGCUGAUGUUCAAAUAAAAAACAAAACAGACCAGAUUCCUGCUGAAUGUGUGAUUGACAAAAACAGUGAUACUUAUUUAUCUUUGAGCUUAAAUAUGUUACUGAAGAAGAUUUCUGGCAAAUAUCAGCAUAAAGCUGAAAAGAUAUUGCAUAGAGACAUAUCUAGAGGCAAAGAACAAAUUGCUAUUCAGUGUGUUAAUGAUGUUGAUGAUGAACCUCCUCCCUUAGAUUUUUUGUACGUCACAGAAAACUGUGAAACAACUCCUAUGAAUAUAGAUCGCACUAUUACGUCAUUGCAGUCAUGUCACUGUGAAGAUGACUGCUCUACUGCCAGUUGUACUUGUGCCAGUAUCAGUUACCAGUGUUGGUAUGAUAAGGAAGGCUUACUGUUACCAAAUUUCAAUUUAGCUGAUCCACCUAUGUUGUUUGAGUGUAAUCGAGCUUGUUCUUGUUGGAGUCUGAAUUGCCGAAACAGAGUUUUACAAAAUGGAAUGACUUGUCGGCUGCAGCUUAUUCGUACAAAAGGCAAAGGGUGGGGUGUGAGAACACUCAAAGAUAUUCCUAAGGGGACAUUUAUUUGCGAAUAUGUUGGUGAAAUGAUAUCUGAUUCUGCAGCAGAUAAAAGAGCUGAUGAUUCUUAUUUGUUUGAUCUUGAUAAUAGAGAUGGUGAAACAUACUGUUUGGAUGCUAGAUACUAUGGAAAUAUUAGCAGGUUUAUCAAUCAUCUUUGUGAGCCUAAUUUAGUGCCUGUGAAAGUUUAUGUGGAUCAUCAAGAUCUGAAUUUUCCAAGAAUUGCUUUUUUCAGUUCAAGGGAUAUAAAGCAGUAUGAAGAGUUAGGGUUUGACUACUGUGAAAAGUUUUGGGUGAUUAAGUACAAAUAUUUCACAUGUGAUUGUGGCAGCCCAAAAUGCAAAUACUCCAAGGACACUAUUCACAACACUUUAGCAAAUUAUUAUAGAAGGGUGCGAGAGGAGCAAAUGGAGGAAGCUGCUCAACAACCUGUGGCACCAGAAGUGGUACCUUUUCCUUAAACAGAUCUUAAAAUAAAUGUGUGCUUUUAAAAGCAUUCCUGUAUUUUGGAAGUGGUAAAAGAAAUCUUAUAGAUGGUGAUAUCAAAGAUGCUUCUUCUGCAAGAGUGCUAUUUAAGAAUGGUUUUUACUUCAAUAUUUUUAGUAAUGUGUAUUUUUUAAAUUCAUGUGAUGGAAUCCAUGUUAGAGGAAGAUAAACUUUUAUGGGAACUGCAAAUAAUGACUGACUGUUUAAAAAUUAUUUAAUUUAAAAAGUAAUUGAUUAAAAAAUUGUUUAUCAAGAUAAACAUCAUUUUUAUUUUCAUAUCAUUUAUUGAUAUCAUUGUGGCUAUGGCAAAUACAAGAUUUAUUUAUUUUCAAUCAGUUUAGAUGAGAUUGAUGUAAAUAAUUAUAUUCAGUUAUUUUUAUCUUUAACACUAAAAGUACUAAGACCAAUCAAAUAACUGUUUUCCAUUUGCUGAGUACUUUGAAAGUGUCAGUACAUUUAAUGUUAGAGACUACAAAUCCACUAGUUAUUUUUGAUUUUAUCAUGCAUGCAAAAAUGUUUUGUGUUUUUAAAAUGUGGGUAUAACUAUUUUGCACCAAAGAGUAAGUAUUUUUUAAUUUUUUUGUUAUUAUUAUUAAUAACAUUAUGUGAAAUUAAUUUAAAAUAAAAAUUAUAUUUUUGGUACUUAAAUUUUGGAUUAAAUCACAAGAUUUCAUUUCAUUUUCAUUUCUUGUAAAUUUGAUCCAAGUGAUAAAUGUAUAAUCAGUAUUUUAACUGUAAGUUUGUCUAUGCAAUUAUAUAUAUUUUAACAUUAUGUUUAAACACAGUGAGACAUAAUAUAAUAAUUCUUAAGAAUAUGUUUUUUGUAUUCAUGUUUUAUUUGACUAGAUUUUCAAAUUAAGAAAGGUAAUUUAAUUUAGUUGAAAAUGUAAUUGUUUGUUUAUAUUACUUUUUAUUUAACUGAAUCAAUUUAUUAAAUUCUUCAUUAGGCACAGUCAUUAGUUAGAAUUAAAAUUACAGUAUGGCUUUGUAUCUAAAUUUGCAUUUAAAUUGUAGAGUUGCAAUUAAAAUUUUGUGUUUGCUAAGUUAUCACAUGAAGCAAUUAUAGUCUAAAGACCAUACUGUAAUACAUAUUGACUAGAUACUGUGUCUAAUAGAAAGUUAAUCAGCUCAUAAAAAAAAAUAAAAAAAAUAA